AUGUCAGCCACAAAUUUUGAAACGGAUUAUUAUUUCUACGAUUAUGAAAAUAAUCUUCUGAACUUGCGUCCACUGAUUAUCAACGAGCAUGAACUGAUCGAUGACCUGUUGAAUGUCUUAAAGAAAUAUGCUGAUAGUAAAUCAAAUGAAUGUUAUAUGGAAACGAAUUUAAAUGACAUCGAUUGGGAUUAUAUCAAUAAACUACGUUCGCUCUUACGAGGUUUGGUUCAAACGAAUCUAAAACAUUUCUAUUAUCGUGGUUUAACACUCAGUUCGGAUAAUGCGAUCUUGAUAUUUAUGCGAACGGAUACAUGCAGUGAAAAGACAAAGAUCAAUCUUAUGAAUAUAUGGAAAUGGAGUACAUUUGUGAAUGAAAACGAAGCACUGCUGGUUGUGGGAACAAAACCCGAAGAUGAUACAGAUUCGUCUGAAAAUAAUUAA